AUGAUGACAUCAAAUAUCCUAUCUCGGUUUCUUCCUCCGAACGGCUCGCCGUCUGUAUACGAGACGAUUCGAAAUCACGAUGCAACAUCAGAUUCAUCGGAUGUGGAGGAGCGAGCGGGAUUAACACUGGAGGACGGUCCUGGAGAGCAUUAUAGUGAUCGUGAACUCGAGGACGCCAUGGCCGACGCUGGACGGAGUAGGUUGCUGGACCGGGAUGAUGCCUUCAUAAGUAGAAGGAGCCCUCGGAAAGCUUCUGUCGCGGGGCCGUCCAAGUCAAAUUCUCGUCGUCGCCACUUUAGCCGUCCGCGGUGGGCGCAUGAUGCCUCACCAAGUCAUGACUUCGAGGAUGGCGACGAUGAUGUUCCAGCUUCCCUUCUCGUAGAAGGACAUCACGACGACGACGAGCUUAAAUCUCGACUGCCGCCACCUCCAACUUCCCACAUCACUCCCGACGAUAGACAGCCAUCUCGCCCCGGACCUUCAACCCGCGGUGUUCGAGGUCGCGGGAGAGCAGCCAAAGAACAACAGCCGCUACACCAUGCCGAUCGAAGGCGCGCUCCUGCUGUACGCUGGUCGUUAGGGCAGCCCAACUUGAACACGGUGGAUCCGAAAGAGAAAGCAAUGUGGAUGUGGGCGAAUGUUGAAAAUUUGGACAACUUCCUAAAGGAGGUUUACACGUAUUUCCUCGGGAACGGGAUCUGGUCCAUUCUGUUGAACCGAGUUCUGAGUCUAUUAACAUUUGCAUUCGUUGUAGGAUUCAGCACAUUUCUUACGAAUUGCAUCGACUACCACAAGGUCCGUGGGAGCAAGUCAUUGAAUGAUAUAUUGAUCAAGCAGUGUACCACCAAGAUGUCACUGUCGUCCACCUUUCUGCUCUGGUUACUCACGCUGUUUUGGAUUGGAAAAGCCUUCCAGUGCUUGUUGGAUAUCAGAAGGCUGAAACACAUGCAUGACUUCUAUUAUUACUUGCUUGGAGUCUCUGAUACCGACAUUCAGACUAUAUCAUGGCAAGAAAUUGUCAGUCGACUCAUGACUCUAAGGGACGCCAAUCCCGCGACAGCCGGUGCGGUGUCUGCGAGACACCGUAAGUUCAUGGGCAGUCAGUCUAAGCAACGAAUGGAUGCUCACGACAUUGCCAAUCGACUGAUGCGUAAGGAAAAUUAUCUUAUCGCCUUGAUCAACAAAGACAUAUUGGACUUGACGCUUCCCAUCCCGUUUCUCAGGAACAAGCAACUGUUCUCUCGGACGCUGGAGUGGAAUAUCAAUCUAUGUAUAAUGGACUAUGUCUUUAACGAACAAGGCCAAGUUCGGACUCUGUUCUUGAAGGAUACUCACCGAAAGGCGCUGAGCGAGGGCCUGCGACGACGAUUUAUUUUCGCGGGCAUUAUGAAUAUAUUCGUAGCGCCGUUUAUUGUCGUCUAUUUUAUGAUGCAUUAUUUCUUUCGUUAUUUUAACGAAUACAAGAAGAAUCCUUCUCAGAUCGGCUCGCGCCAAUAUACGCCGCUGGCGGAAUGGAAAUUUCGCGAAUUUAAUGAACUCUGGCACCUCUUUGAACGCAGAAUUAAUAUGUCCUAUCCUUUUGCUAGUCGCUAUGUGGACCAAUUCCCCAAAGAUAAGACGGUGCAGGUCGCAGGUUUCGUGGCGUUUGUGUCGGGUGCACUGGCGUCUGUGUUGGCUCUGGCAUCGAUCGUGGACCCAGAACUGUUCUUGGGAUUCGAAAUCACACAUGACCGAACAGUUCUCUUCUACCUUGGCGUGUUUGGGUCUGUCUGGGCUGUUGCCAGAGGCCUCGUUCCGGAAGAGACAACUGUCUUCGACCCGGAAUAUGCUUUGCUCGAAGUGAUCAACUAUACACAUUACGCUCCGAGCCACUGGAAAGGGCGAUUGCAUAGUGACGAAGUCCGGAGGGAGUUCACGGAACUUUACCAGAUGAAGAUUGUGAUCUUCCUGGAGGAGAUCCUGAGCAUGAUAUUCACGCCUUUUAUUCUCUGGUUUAAUUUACCCAAAUGCAGCGACCGUCUUAUCGACUUCUUUCGGGAGUUCACUGUUCACGUGGAUGGAAUGGGGUACCUUUGUUCAUUUGCUGUGUUCGAUUUUAAGAAGGGAACCAAUGUGAUAAACCAAGGAGAUCGACGAGACCCGGCAAGGCAAGAUCUCCGAGCCGAUUAUUUCUCUACAAAAGAUGGCAAAAUGUUGGCAUCUUACUACGGAUUCUUGGACAACUACGGUGCCAAUCACCGUGGCAGCCAUCCUGCUACUAGACGACAAUUUUAUCCGCCCCCCGCCUUUCCUACUCUUGGGUCACCACCAGCGGGCGAGAUGGGAACGAUCGGCGACCGGCUCGAUCAGACCCAGACUCGGCACGGUCUGGCAGGCCCUUUCAUGGGACAGCAAUCAGUGUUUGGGCCGUCUCGCUACGGUCUGACAGGUCUAGGUGACCAUGCAUCACCGGCUCCUUCAAUACUCCUAGAUCCGCAUCACCAGCCAUCAACUUCGGGAUUCCGAGGAACGAGCCGCGCAGCAGGGGUUCAACGGUACAGAUCAUCGCGAGCGCAUCCUCCUAUAUCAGGGACAAUAGCGGAUGGCGAUGAGUCACCGGUAGCCACGGGACGCAGCGACCCGUCAAGACCAGCUGCUAAUGCUGCUGGAGCAUCAAGUGCGGGUGGUGUAGGCACUAGCGACAGCAACCUAGGGGACUCAUGGCGGAUGAAUUUGGUGGAAGACGGGGAUGAUGACAACACAGAGGGCGGAGAGAACGUCGAUGCUAUUGCUGGGGGUGCCGGCGUUUUGGGCUUGAUUCAACAAUUUCAAAGGGUAAACAAGGACAGUCGAGGACGCACAGCGGUUGGUUUAUAG